GGAGGAGGAGGCAGGGAGCGAGCGAGUGCCCAGGGUGAAUCAAUGGAAACCCCCUCACGAAGCCGGGAAAACACUUCAGCCGCAGCCAAAUAGCAUUGAUUAUUUUCCUUCACUUCCCUCACCGCCGUGAAUUUAUUUAUUUAUUUUUUCCAUCUCCGUCCCCGACGCCCCGGAGUGAGCGCUGGAGGGAGGGAGGAGGAGGGGAAAAAAAGGAAUCAACACAUCGGAGAAGUCCCUUCCAAGAGCCACCCCCUCCCCUCCCCGCCUCGCGCUGCUCGGCGGCCGCGGUUCGACUCCCGUCCCUGCUUCCAGCUGAGGUGGUCCUGGCUGUCACGCUGAAAUGAACCCCCAGCUCUCCUCCGUCUGCCAUGGCCACCCUUAACCUGUCCUCUGUCACUGGCACCACCCCCUCCCCUGGGCAUGAUGCCCCGUCCCUGCCUCCGGACACCUCCUCCUCCAGCACCCCUUCUGAUCCUGUCACCAAAGAUCCCCCUGAUGCCCCCUCCCCCUCUGAGAGCAUGAGGUCCUCAGAGGCAGGGGGGCAGUCCCUGGAGUCAGGCUGUGGCCUCGUCCCACCAAAGGAGACAGGGGAGCCCCAGGAGGAGCCUGGGUGUGGUGGCUUCCCACCAAAGGACGUGGGGGUGGACGAGGCCAAGGAGCAGAAGGAGGAGGAGGGAGGGCUUCCUCCCGUGGACCUGAGUGACCACUUACUCUUCACAGCUGGAGGUGAGGCCUGUCUAGUGGCCAGGCUGUUCCCAGCAGGUGACAGUGAGCUCCCAUUACCAAAGGGCUUCCCCCAGGGUGAGGCAGGCGUCAAGCAAGAGUCCAGCCUGCCCCUCCUUGCCCACCCGCCCCCUGUUCACCUCACUGCCCUUCACAUCCAACAUGGCUUUGACCCAAUCCAAGGCUUUAGCUCUUCUGACCAAAUUCUGUCCCACGAUACCUCAGCGCCAUCUCCGGCCACCUGUGAGGGAAGGGACGGAGCCUUCUGGAGCUACCAGCUGGCUCCAAACCCACCCGGAGAUCCCAAAGAUGGCCCCACGGGGAGCAGGGGAGGAGACCCCAGGGCGCUCUUCUGGCUCUGCCUCCUAUGCCGCCUGGGCUUCAGCAGGCCUCAGGCCUUUGUGGGUCACACACGGUCUCACGGGGUGAAGCUAACCGCUGCUCAACACCAGGGCCUGCUGGGCAACCCAGCCGUGCUCCAGGAUGGGGACGAGGCCUGCAUGGCCCUGCUGAGCUUCCUGGAACCAAAACCACCUGCUCCCCCUUUAGAGAGACCCCUUGACAGCAGCACCGUGAACGCGGAAGCCAGUGCAGCCCAGACCAAGCACGGGCCCCCUGCGGCAGAAGCCCAGGCCCCCGUCCCGCCCGUGGAAGCAGUCAUGGCCCUUAGCCCACCCUCCCCCCAGACCACUCCAGCCACCUGGGACCCCAGCCCAACCCAAGCCAAAGAUUCGCCAACACUGGCAGGCGAGGCGGGGCCAGACUGGCUCCCUGAGGGGCACGAGGAAGAUGGCGGGCUCUGCCCCCCACUCAACCAAAGCUCACCCGCCUCCAAGGAGGGGGGCACUCUCCCUGCCUUGGGGGGCUCCCCUGAAGACCCUGGCGACCCGGCCCAGCCCUAUCGCCUGGCCGAUGACUACAGCCUGGCCCCAUCAGCCUUCCAGGGCCUCAGCCUGUCCAACCACAUGUCUCUGCUGCACUCACGCAACUCCUGCAAGACACUCAAGUGUCCCAAGUGCAACUGGCACUACAAGUACCAGCAGACCCUGGACGUGCACAUGCGGGAGAAGCACCCUGAGAGCAACAGUCACUGCAGCUACUGCAGUGCCGGGGGCGCGCACCCCCGCCUCGCCCGGGGAGAGAGCUACAACUGCGGCUACAAGCCCUACCGCUGCGAGGCCUGCAACUACUCCACCACCACCAAGGGCAACCUCAGCAUCCACAUGCAGUCCGACAAGCACCUGGCCAACCUGCAGGGCUUCCAGGCCGGGCCCGGGGGCCAGGGGAGCCCCCAGGAAGCUGCGGUCCCGCCCCCUGCAGGGGACAAGGAGCCCAAGACCAAGUCAUCCUGGCAGUGCAAGGUGUGCAGCUACGAGACCAACAUCUCCCGCAACCUGCGCAUCCACAUGACCUCUGAGAAGCACCUGCAGAACGUCCUCAUGCUCCACCAGGGGCUGCCGCUGGGCCUGCCGCCCGGGCUGGUGGGGCCCAGCCCCCCUCCCCAGGCGGGGGCUGCCCCCGCCACCCCCCCUGACCUCUUUCAGUACUUUGGACCGCAGGCCCUAGGGCAGCCUCAGGCUCCUUUGCCUGGCCCCGGGCUGAGGCCAGACAAGCCCCUGGAAGCCCAGCUGCUUCUGAAUGGCUUCCACCACCUCGGAGCGCCUGCCCGCAAGUUCCCCGCACCUGCCCCUGGAAGCCCUUCCCCAGACACCCACCUGCCUCAAAGUCAGCUCCUGGGAGCCUUGUCUGAAGGGCUGCCCACCUCGCCACCCCCAGACGACAGCCCGUCCCUGAAGGUGUUCCGCUGCCUGGUGUGCCAGGCCUUCAGCACAGACAGCCUGGAGCUGCUGCUCUACCACUGCAGCAUGGGCCGGAGCCUCCCGGAGGCCGAAUGGAAGGAGGUGGCCGGUGACACCCACCGCUGCAAGCUCUGCUGCUAUGGCACCCAGCUCAAGGCCAACUUCCAGCUCCACCUCAAGACCGACAAACAUGCUCAGAAGUACCAGCUGGCAGCCCACCUGCGGGAGGGGGGUGGGCCCAUGGGCACCCCCUCCCCAGUGCCUCUGGGAGACGGGGCUCCUUAUGGCUCUGUCGCCACCUUGCACCUGCGCUGCAACAUUUGUGACUUUGAGUCCAACAGCAAGGAGAAGAUGCGGCUGCAUGCCCGGGGGGCGGCCCAUGAAGAGAACAGCCAGAUCUAUAAGUUUCUGCUGGAGAUGGAGGGGACCGCGACCGCGGGGCCGGAACUGGGGCUGUUCCGCUGCCUGCUGUGCGCCUGGGAGACGCCCUCCCGCCUCGCGGUGCUGCAGCACCUGCGGGCACCUGCCCACCGAGACGCCCAGGCCCAGCGGCGCCUGCAGCUGCUACAGAGCGGCCCCGCGGCUGAUGAGGGGCUCCCGGCUCUUCAGAGCAUCCUGAGCUUCAGCCAUGGGCAGCUCCGGCCUCACGGGAAGACUCCUGUCACCCUCUUAGCUGGGCCACCCACCCCUGAGAAAGAUGCCCAGAAUAAGACAGAACAGUUGGUUUCUGAAGAGGCAGAGAACAAGACUGGCCCUCCUGGAGACAGUACCAGCCAGACCACGGCAUUCUGCUGUCCAUACUGCAGCUUCCUGAGCCCGGAGUCCGAGCAGGUGAGGGCUCACGCGCUCUCCCAGCACGCGGUGCAGCCCACGUUCCGGUGCCCGCUAUGCCAGGAGCAGCUGGUGGGCCGGCCUGCCCUGCACUUCCACCUCAGCCACCUCCACAACGUGGUGCCCGAGUGUGUGGAGAGGCUGCUGCUCGUGGCCACAACUGUAGAGAUGACCUUGAUGACCAAAGUGCUGCCCGGGCCUGCUCUAAGCCCUCUGGGAGAUGGCCCAGAGCCCCCCUCUCCCGCACCGGAGCCUGUGCCCAGCAGAGCACACGCCGCAGAAGGCCCUCAACUGACCCCAGAAGCCAGUCCCGAUCCUCUUCCUGAGCCUCCCCCACCCUCAGUUGAUGCCCCAGACAAGCCCACGGGAAGCCCUGACCAGCCCCCAUCUCCAGCCCAGUCUCCAGCCCCUCGUCCUGAUGCCCAAGCUGAGGAAGUAGCGCCUCCACCCGCCAUGGCUGAGGAGGAAGAGGGGGCUGGUGGGGAGCCCCGCCCUGCAGAGCCAGCUCCAGCUGACUCUCGACACCCUCUGACCUAUCGGAAGACCACCAACUUUGCCCUGGACAAAUUCCUCGACCCUGCUCGGCCCUACAAGUGCACUGUGUGUAAGGAGUCCUUCACGCAGAAGAACAUUCUCCUGGUCCAUUAUAACUCAGUCUCCCACCUGCACAAGAUGAAGAAGGCCGCCAUUGACCCCUCCGGCCCAGCACGAGAAGCUGGCGCCACGCCUGCCACCGCUGCCGCCACAGACAAGCCCUUCAAGUGCACAGUCUGCCGCGUCUCCUACAACCAGAGCUCCACCCUGGAGAUCCACAUGCGCUCCGUCCUGCACCAGACUCGCUCCAGGGGAGCCAAGACCGACGUCAAGGCCGAGGGGCCAGAGCGAGGCCCCGAAGAGCCCAAGGAAGGCGAGACUGAGGGGGAGGCAGGCCCUGAGAAGAAGGGCCCUGAGCCUGGCGGCUUCCUAUCGGGACUGCCCUUCCUGUCCCCUCCCCCGCCUCCCCUGGACCUGCACCGAUUCCCAGCCCCGCUCUUCACCCCUCCAGUCCUGCCCCCCUUCCCUCUCAUGCCAGAGUCACUGCUUAAGCUCCAGCAGCAGCAGCUGCUCCUGCCUUUCUACCUCCACGACUUCAAGGUAGGGCCCAAGCUAGCACUGGCUGGGCCUGCACCCCUGCUGUCCCUGCCAGCGGCCGCCCCUCCUCCCCCACCCCCGCCUCCGAAGGCUGAGCUGGCCGAGCAAGAGUGGGAGCGGCCCCCUACGACAGAAGAGGGGGCUGAGGCAGGGCCCCCCUCUCCCCCACACCCAACACCCAACGAGGCAGCCCGCACCGCAGCCAAAGCCCUUCUAGAAAACUUCGGGUUUGAGCUGGUGAUCCAGUACAACGAAGGAAAACAGGCUGUGCCCCCACCCCCGACCCCACCCCCCCCAGAGGCCCUGGGGGGCGGGGACAAGUUGGCCUGCAGGGCCUGUGGGAAACUCUUCUCCAAUAUGCUUAUCCUCAAGACACACGAGGAGCACGUGCACCGCCGCUUUCUGCCCUUUGAGGCCCUGAGCCGAUACGCUGCUCAGUUUCGCAAGAGCUAUGAUAGCCUCUACCCGCCCCCUGCAGAGUCCCCCAAACCGCCCGACGGGCCCCUGGAUUCCCCUGCUCCCCAACUGGGCCCACCUUUCCUGGUCCCAGAGCCUGACGCAGGGGGGGCCCGUCCCCCUGAGGAGCGAGGCCGGGCCGGAGGACGCUGGCCCCCAGAGGAGGAUGAAAGUGCCAGAGGGAAUCUUCCUCCCCUGGUGCCUGCGGGCCGCCGCUUCUCCAGAACCAAGUUCACAGAGUUUCAGACCCAAGCCCUGCAGUCUUUCUUUGAGACCAGCGCCUACCCCAAGGACGGCGAGGUGGAGCGGCUCGCAAGCCUCUUGGGUCUGGCUAGCCGUGUGGUGGUGGUGUGGUUCCAGAACGCCCGCCAGAAAGCUCGUAAAAAUGCCAGUGAUGGUGGGCCUGCACCCAGUGGAGGAGGCACCGGGGGAGCCUCCGGCUGCAGGCGCUGCCACGCCACCUUCUCCUGUGUUUUUGACUUGGUGCGGCACCUCAAGAAAUGCUAUGACGACCAGCCUGCUGACGAGGAGGAGGAAGAGGUAGAGAGAGGGGAAGAAGAGGAAGAGGCAGAAGAUGUCGCAGAGGAGGAACAGGGCCCAGAGCCCCCAGCAGGGCCUGAGGGCCCACCACCAGAACCCUCAGACAGGGAGGAGCUGGGCCAGGCAGAGGCCACAAUGCCAGAGGGCAAAGAGCCCGAAGGCAGGGCCCCUCCCUCGCCUUCCCCAGUCCACACCUGUGACCAGUGCGCCCUGUCUUUCCCCAACCAGGACCUCCUGGCCAACCACUGCCGGCUCCACUUCCUGCCACCCGUGCAGCCCAGCACUGCCCCCCACCUCCUAGACCUGCCCAUGCUGGUGUUUGGGGAGCGAAACCCCCUGGUGGCAGGCACUUCGCCAGUGCCAGGGCCACCCCUCAAACGGAAGCACGAGGACGGUAGCCUGUCCCCCACGGGCAGUGAAGCGGGGGUGGGUGGGGAGGGCGAGCCCCCCAGGGAUAAGCGCCUGCGCACCACCAUCCUGCCCGAGCAGCUGGAGAUCCUGUACCGCUGGUACAUGCAGGACUCCAACCCCACACGCAAGAUGCUCGACUGCAUCUCCGAGGAGGUGGGGCUCAAGAAGCGCGUGGUGCAGGUCUGGUUCCAGAACACCAGGGCGCGGGAGCGCAAGGGCCAGUUUCGCAGCACCCCUGGGGGAGUGCCCAGUCCGGCAGUCAAGCCCCCCGCCACACCCAGCCCUGCACCCUUCCCCAAGUUCAGCCUCUUGCUGGGCAAGGCAGAUGACGGGGCUGGGAGGGAGGCCCCUAAGAGAGAUGCGCCUGCUCUUCCCUACGCCACGGUCACCCCAGCUGCCGGGCCCCUGCCUUUCCUGCCACCUGGGAAAGAGGCCCCCACUCUGACACCAGAGCCACCUCUACCUCUCCCAGCUCCCCCUCCACCCUGUGAGGACGAGGGCCCAGAGGAGCCAUCAAAAGCUUCUCCAGAGAGUGAGGCCUGCAGUCCAUCAGCAGGGGAUUUAAGUGAUUCGUCAGCUUCCAGUCUGGCCGAACCAGAGUCCCCUGGGGCUGGAGGGACCAGUGGGGGCCCAGGAGGUGGGGGUGGAGUUCCAGAUGGGAUGGGGCAGCGGCGCUAUAGGACCCAGAUGAGCAGCCUGCAGCUGAAGAUCAUGAAAGCCUGCUAUGAGGCCUACCGCACCCCAACCAUGCAGGAGUGCGAGGUGCUGGGCGAGGAGAUCGGGCUGCCCAAGAGAGUCAUCCAGGUCUGGUUCCAGAAUGCUCGCGCCAAGGAGAAGAAGGCCAAGCUCCAAGGGGCAGCAGUUGGUGGGGCUGGGGGCAGCAGUGAGAGCCCCUUGGCAGCCCAGCGCACUGACUGCCCCUACUGUGACGUCAAAUAUGACUUCUAUGUCUCCUGCCGAGGCCAUCUCUUUUCCCGCCAGCACCUGGCCAAGCUUAAGGAGGCAGUCCGAGCCCAGCUGAAGAGUGAAAGCAAGUGUUACGACUUGGCACCGGCACCUGAGGCACCCCCGGCUCCCAAGGCUCCGCCCACCACCGCACCUGCCUCUGUGCCCCUCGGGGCUGCCCCAGCCCUGCCUCGCCUGGCCCCGGUCCUCUUGUCUGGCCCAGCUCUGGCCCAGCCCCCACUGGGCAGCCUAGCUCCUUUCAGUUCAGGCCCUGCAGCCUCCUCAGGCCUCCUUGGCCUCGCCACUUCGGUCCUACCUGCUACCACAGUGGUCCAGACCGCUGGCCCAGGCUGCCCUUUACCUCAGAGACCAGUUCCUGACCAAACCAAGCCCUCUCCAGCAGGCACCACUGACUCUGCCCCGGGCCCACCCCCUGAACCCUCUGGGGACAAGGUCUCUGGUGAGCGAAAGCCAGUCGCAGCCCCCACCAACUCCUCCGCUGACGCCCUCAAGAACCUCAAAGCAUUGAAGGCUACUGUUCCAGCCCUGUUGGGGGGCCAGUUUCUGCCCUUCCCAUUGCCUCCUGCAGGGGGUGCCACACCGCCAGCGGUCUUUGGCCCCCAGCUGCCGGGAGCCUACUUCCAGCAGCUCUAUGGCAUGAAAAAGGGGCUGUUCCCCAUGAACCCGGUGAUACCUCAGACCCUCAUCGGACUGCUCCCCAACGCCCUCCUCCAGCCACCGCCCCAGGCCCCCGAGCCCACAGCCACAGCGCCUCCGAAGCCACCCGAACUGCCUGCUCCCAGGGAGGGGGAGGCUGGGGAGGCCGAUGAGCUGCUGACGGGCAGCCCUGGCAUCUCCACCGUGGAUGUGACCCACCGCUACCUGUGCCGCCAGUGCAAGAUGGCGUUUGAUGGGGAAGCCCCGGCCACUGCUCACCAGAGAUCCUUCUGCUUCUUUGGGCGGGGCUCUGGGGGCUCCGUGCCCCCCCCGCUGCGGGUGCCCGUCUGUACCUACCACUGCCUGGCAUGUGAGGUGCUGCUGAGCGGGCGAGAGGCCCUAGCCUCGCACCUGCGCUCCUCGGCCCACAGGCGCAAGGCGGCCCCGCCCCCGGGGGGCCCACCUGGCACGGCCACCAACGCUGCCACUGCCGCCACAGCUGCGGUGGCUUUUGCCAAAGAGGAAGCAAGAUUACCUCACACGGACUCCAACCCCAAAACGACUACUACCUCUACGCUUCUAGCUUUAUAAACAGAUAAACCAAGAUGUGGGGUAAGGGAGGGCCUUAGGUCUCCUCUUACUCCAAGGGGUGUGUGGGGAGCUCAAAUUCUUCACCCCCGGCCCCGCCCACCUCACGGGACUCUCAGUUCCCACCUCCAGUGGGCUUCACACCUCACCUCCAGCAGAAUCCUGCCUCCUCCCCCACCCCCGCCGACCCUUCGCAAAUUCUUGCCCCUUGGUCUCCAUGGGCGCACACACCCAUCUUCCCAUCUUGAUUAUCCAUUAACGUCCGCCUGCCCACCAGGCACAGUCUCUCCUUGGUUUCAUCUUCCUCUUUCCUACUGAAUUCCCAGUCACCCCUCCAACUCCUAUAACCAUGCUGUUCCACUGACUGAGAAAACGCCAAAAGAAAAAAAAGGAAGAAAGGAAAACAAGAAAACCCAAGACAAAGAAGGGGGAAGGAAAAUAAACUUUGCCAUUUCCCCUUCUUUUUCCUUCCCCCCUUGGCCAGAGUACCAUACAGCUCACAAACUCUUCCCAAAUACUCAGCUGGCUCCCAAGGCUGAAGCCUGAGAUGGGCAGGGAGCCCACGAAACUCUAACCAAACUGGAGGUGAGCAGGGAGAGGUGCUCCAGCUCACUCUCCUCACAGCCCGCCCGCCUCACGGGACAGGGGAGCCCCUGCGGCCUGGACUUUAGGCAAAGCCGCCACCAGGAACCCCUCUGCCAACCCCCACCCUGCACCCUGGGAACUGCAGUUAACUUAUUCUCAAAGGCUUUAAACACAGAGAUCCUCUCAGCAGCCGUGGGCCUGCCCCUUGUCCCAGCCCUGCCACGUGGGGAUCCAGCCUCUGGGACUGGCGCCCACCAACGGCAAAUCCAAAGUUCUUUUGAAAAAAACUGAAACACACACACAACCAAAAAAAAAAGAGAGAGA